AUGGUCCAACAAACAGAAAUGCUCGCUGCACGCGUCCACGAUGAUCGUAAACUGCAUCUCGACACAGUUCCAGUCCCAACAGUCAGACCUGGAGCUCUUGUAAUCAAGGUACUGGCAGUCCAUACAUGGAGCUAUACGGGAGAAGUUAUCUCUGGAGAAAGGAACUUUUCAAUGCCACAAUUGCCAACUAUCUUGGGAACGGGCGGUAUUGGUGAAAUUGCACAAAUUGGGGAAGGUGUUUUUGAUCUUGAGGUCGGUGACUGGGUUUUGAUGGAUCCGCAGGUUGGAAAUGUUACGAGGGAUACACAGUACGAUAAUAUUCUUGUUGGAUGGACGUCUACAUCUGGUCCUAUUGGUGAGAGAAUCCAAAAGCUAUGGAAGGAAGGCAGUUUCGCUGAAUACUGUCUGUUUCCUGCGACACAUGUUGCAAAACUCGGUCCGCAAGCUUCCAAAUUGUAUUCGGCUCCUACAUGGUCUUCAAUUAGAUUUGUGCUUCUCGCUUAUGCAGCACUGAUGAGAGGGGACUUCAAAGCUGGAUGUACGGUUCUCAUUAAUGGUGCAACGGGAACAAUCGGAUCUGGCGCCGUGGUUCUGGCAAUGGCUCUAGGUGCUGGAAAAGUUAUUUGUGUCGGACGGAAACAGUCAGCUUUGGAAGCGCUUAAAGAACUUGCUAAAAAGUUCCCACUUCCCGAACGUCUCGUUACUGUAUCAUCCGUUGGUGAGCAAGACGAAGUGAUCAAGAGAUUACAGGAAGCUUGUGGCAAAACUGACGCCAACAGAGGAGCCGAUCUGGUUUUAGAUGUAGUAGGCAACGCAACACCUGAAAGCACAACAGCAUGUCUAUCAGUCUUGCGAAAAGGUGGUAUCAUGGUAUUGGACGGCUCGUUGUCUGCUCCACUCUCCAUCAAUUACGGCAACCUUAUGAGAAACAAUCUUGAGAUCCGUGGGCAGUACAUGUUUACUCCACAACAGAUGCAGGAUCUGAUUAAACUGAUAAAUGUUGGAAUAGUGGACUUAUCUUUGUUUGUGUCGGAUGCGUAUCCGUUGAAACGCAUUCAUGAGGGAAUUGAAGCUGCUGCCGCGAUGUCGGGUGAAUUCCCGCAUCAUACUCUGACAUCUGCCAUAGACAUGCUCUCGCUGGAUAUGGAAAAGGAUUUUUAUAAUCAAGUCAUUGGAAAGCUUGAUUUGCUAGAAAAGCACGUAUUGGAACAUCUGCGAAACUCAACGGCAGAUAUUCAAACGAUAGAGAAUGAGUCAACGUCAGAGUUGGAGGUGCUUUAUGCCGAACCGUAUGGCGAUGACGAAGUACACUAUGAUAAUGGUGAUGAAGAGGUCGAUAUUGGUGGCUGGAAACGAGAUGAAAUGCAGAAGUGGAGUAUUAAGCUAAUGAUCGUCCUGUCAUUAUCUCGAUUGGUUUGGGCAUUCAAGAGUAAAAAGUCACAACAUACCAGCUUCUUGAAGCGUCUCAUCAAGAGGGUGAAGCCACUGGGGUAUUCACGAGCGGGUGUGGAUGAGUACUUCACCUCUAAAAGGUGUCCACGUCGUGGUCGCGCUAGCAAGACGAAUGCCGGCUUACCAUCAUUGGCUGUAGCUGAUGAAGACCCAGUAGCGAUGGCAUAUAUUCGUGCUGAAUUGGUUGAUAUGGACUAUGACGUCGCUGGUCGUGCUGCUGCUGAAGGUUGUCGUCGAUAG